GUCAAGUCCGUGGUUCAGGAAAAAGAGAUGGCCAAAGGAAAAGCAAAGACCAACAACAGCAAUGGCAACAUAGCUCCAGCACAGCCUCGGUCACUCAGGUCAAAGAAGAGGGGAUGUCCAAGUGAUGAAAUCUCAGAGACCGAUGACAUUAAGGCUAGUCAUCAUCAGGACACUGAAGGAAAUCAUACAACAGUGGAUGCCACUGUGUUACAAUGCCACCACUCCCCUCUGCAGGAGUCUACUGUUAAAGCAUUUGAAGAGACUACAGUCACCAAUCCCAGCAAUGAUUCUCAGCUGAAGGGCUUAAAAGUACACGCUGAUAAUGAUGCCAACAAGAGUGGAAAGGAUAAGGAGGAAAUGACAGCAGAGGAAUGUAACGCAUCACCAUCCCAAACAUGCACUGAUCAACUCCAGGUCUUGCAAAUCUCUCAAGAGGGGGAUGAUGCUGCUCUGGAGGAUCAACCGGGUGCAGAGGAGAACUCUGAAUGUAAUUCUGAGAAAAACCAAGAUGUUAGUCAAGAAGAACCCAGUAAUGUGGAUAUGACUGAUGUCAAGGAAACCACAAAGGAGAGAGCAGCGGGGAUACCGGCCAAAAAGAAGCGAAGGAUGGGUAUGUGUGGCCUGAUGGAGAGGGAGCGGAGUCACUUUCUACAGACACAAAAACGUGAAAACGGGCAGAACGGACCAGAGAGAGUUGGAAAGCAGAUUUGUAAUAACACAGCUGACCUUGUGGCUCAGGAAGAGAUUAUAUCGUCGUUAUCAUCCUCACUAUCUGUACCAGUAGGCAAUGUCACAGAGCAGGAGAAGGCAGAGAUGAAACUUCAGUCCAGUCACUGUGGAGGGGAAGACAGGACAGAAACUGAAGUCCACAUUGCUGCAAAUACCUCAGAUGGAAUCAGUGUUGUAUCUGAUCCAGGCUGCUCAAAGGACAAGAGUUGUGAGGUUGAGGGAGGUAUCGGACCUGGUCCAGAGCAAACUGGUGACACAAAGUCAGAUCUGCCUGCAGGGGAGGAAGAGGAGGAUAUGUUGGGGAAUCAGGACCAGCAGGAACAUGAGGGAGGCACAGCUGAGAUUGUAGCUGAAAAUUUUCAGGAGCAAAUGCAAGACAGGGAAGAUAGAUCAGCAGCAGUCCAAAGUCCUGCCAUCACUUGUUCCUCUCAUACAACUCAGAGGGAGGAGACUGAGAACUGGGAUGCAAUCGAAGCUGCUUCUCUGCAGGUGAGCAGUGUGACCAGGACAAGAGAGGAGGAGUUGACUGGCGAUGCAGGGGACGAUGGCGUAGCUGAAGCUGGUGCAUCAUCCACACACACCCAGUCAGGAGGACCCAAGGCUGUGCAGCACUGCGAGGCUGCAGGGACACCCAGUGGAUCAGAGAUGAAAGACAACUGUGAUUCUGAUGGUGAACCUGGUGCUGGUCCUUCUUCUGUGAACAGUGAGCCCCCUCUGACCAGGGACACUACAGACCCGUUUGGAUCUGGGUCCUUGGAUUACGUGUCAGACUCGCAGCUGAACACCAUCAUUCUGUCUGAGGAGGUGUUGAUGGAGAGGGAAGAUCGUGAUUGCCCAGAUCAUGAAGAUGCUACAGACCUGAUCUGUGGACUCAUCAGAGAACUUUCCACUUUAAAUCGUAAGGUCAUGGCCACUCACAGAGAGCUGGAGAACCGGCGCCGCAGCAGUAAAAGUUCAAGGGGCUGCAAACGUUGAGGAUCAACUCCCUGCCAUCUUUAUCUUACUGUGUUCCCAAUGGUUUGUGGCACU